CCAUUUUGGGAACGUAAGUGGCUACCCUUGCGUCUGUCCACUACGGCUGCCAUUAUAGAUUCCGUUGUGACCGAGUUGCUGUUACGUUUAGAGUAAUUUCUCGUAUAAUAAUUGAGUAAAAGUUACAUUAUUAUUGAAAAAAUUCCUAAAAAUAGUAUCAGUGUCACCUAAACUAUCUAAAAAAUGAAAACCUAUAGUAGAAAAAAGAGUGAUAGUCCAAGUAACGUGAUAAUUCAUGUAAAUGAGCUGUGCCGACUGUGCUUGGCCAAGGAGGAAGAGAUGGUGCCGAUUUACGAUGAUGACGCCGUUCCUAUGCCACUUAGAAUAAUGGCUUGCGUGAAUUUGGAGGUUUUUGAGGAAGAUGGAUUACCUAAUAUGAUAUGUCGCCCGUGUAAAUACCAACUCGAAAAAUCUUAUCAAUUUAAGAAAAAAUGUGAAGCAGCUGAUGCUAAAUUACGAAACCAUUUAAAAAUGAUUCAAAAAUUAAGUGGACACGGUGAAGAUUCAGAGAAUCAAGAGGGUAAUGAAGACUCUGAAGGAACCACUUCCGGAAAAUCACGACAAGUAAAACAGCUUUUAGCAGAUUUGGUUUCUACAAAAGGUGAAAGUGGUCAAGGUGAUGGCGACCCAAUUGAAGUUACAGAAGAAGAAUUGGUUGGAGGUUAUAUUUUAGGAAUGUCAGCGGAAAAUAUGGAAGCUGAAGAAAGCAUUCCCGAAGGACCCUCCAACAUUACCUUAGUUCCUUCUGAAGAAAAAACUGCAAAAGCUCGUUGCACAAUUCGUGCAACAAGAAUCAAGCAAGAACAUGAAUCUGAUGAUGAAGGAGACGAAGUUCAAAGAGCUAUUGCUAAUUCUGAAAGAAAAAAUGUUUACAUGAUGGAAGUGACUAGUCAUUCAUCAGGACAAACAGAAUCGAUGAAAUUACAGCCUAUUGAAGAAACAAUGGUUGAUGGUAAUGAAGAAUUGAAGGUGUUCAAGUGCGAUAAAUGUCCAAAAGCAUUUACUAGACGAAUUAUGUUGAAAAGUCAUCAAUCGGUGCAUUCAACACAAAGAGGUUUUACUUGUCAAGCAUGCGAAAAGUGGUUCCCAACUCGUUCUGCAUUAAUUCGUCAUGAGAGAACUCAUACUGGCGAAAAACCAUUUGGAUGUAACAUUUGUCAUCGUGCAUUUGCUCAAAAAGAAAUUCUACUCCGACAUUUAAUGACACACUCCGGACAAAAACCUUUCCAAUGUCAAGACUGUGACAAAAGUUUUACCCAACGAGAAGCUUUGAGAGUUCAUAUGAGACGUCAUCAAAAGCUUGAUCCUAAUGAUAUUCAGUUGCAUCAUUGUCAGUUAUGCCCUAAAGCUUUCUGUCAUGCGUCUGGUCUUUCAAGGCAUUUAGUAACUCACACCGGACGAACUUAUAAGUGUGUUGAAUGCGAAAAAUCAUUCACCGAUAAAAGUUCUCUGUUAAGACACAGCCGAAUUCAUGCGCCUAAGAAAUUACCAUAAAGUUGAUUAUAAAAUAAUGCUUAUUAAAUAUAUACAUACAAAUAAAUAUUAAUUUUUUUAUGUA